GGUGGGUAAAGAAACAGGUCGAAGUGCAGUGACUGAGUGGAACGAAGCAGGUACGAUUGGACGAUUCAGGGCAGAGGAACACAGUCCUCUACGGAAGCACGAAGAUGCAAAUACACUGUCCAAAGUAGAAGAUCGGAGUGUGUUACUCAGGGAAGAAUCAGAUCAUACUGCGGUGCUGAAGGAAAAUCCUACGUUGACAGUCGAAGGAAUAUAUUCAAAGGCGCCAUCGGAAUUGGACGAUGUAAUUUUACCGACGGAGAUGGAAGAAACAGAUAGACUGUUGCGGGAAACAGAUGAGAGGGCGCCUUCGAAGGAGACAGGGUCGGACGUGUUUUUACAGGAAUCAUUAUUGAAUGAAUUAGUCGCCAGUACGCCGCUGUUUGCAAGAGAAGCACUACGUAAUUCGCUCGUAAAGGAAAGAGAAAGUGGUUCAGCUGAAUGGUUGCCCGUAGAAGAUUCGCAUGGGAUAUUGGAGGAUAAGGAGAGGGGUCCAAGUGUAACGGUCGAGUGGAACGAAGCAGAUUCGAAUGCACGAUUCAAGGCAGAAGAACACAUUCCUCGGCUGAAGCAGGAAGAUGUAAGUACACUGUCCAAAGUAAACGAUAGUAGUGUGUUACUAACGGAAGAAUUAGAUCACACUGCGGUGCUGAGGGAAAAUUCUACGUUGACAGUCGAAGGAAUAUAUUCAAAGCCGCCACCGGAAUUGGACGAUGUAAUUCUACCGACGGAGAUGGAAGAAACAGAAAAGAAUGCGCCGUUGAAUGAAACAGGCUCGUAUGUGGUUUUGGAAGAAUACAAUCGAAAUGGGCUGCUGCUGGAGAGUAACGUAGAUGUCUUAUGGAAGGAAAAAGAAAUUGGUUGUGCGGCAACGUCGGAAGGCGAAGAAAUGCGGAUCACAAAUCAAGUUAGAAGUAAACUAAUUCACGAAAAUGAACCGCUUCUCCAAAGUGAGUUAGUUUAUCAAAGAGGACUUAUUGUCCAAAGUGAAUCGGAUGACCAAGUUAAACCAGAUGGUCAAAGCGAACGCGUCCUUCAAAGCCAUUCUGCUUGGGAAAACGACCCGGAGAACAAAAGUCCCGUAACGCUACAAAGUAAUGACCAAGUUCACCAAAGCGGGCACGUCGUCGAAAGUGAACCAGUGGUUCAAGUUAAACAUCACGACCAAAGUGUUCCAACUAUGCAAACUGAUGACCACUUCAAACAAAGUACUGGUCUCGUUGUGCAAAGCGAAUCAAACGGCAAAAGUCUGCUGACACUGCAAAGUGAUGAUCAAUUUUACGAACGCGCACAUGUUGUCCAAAGCCAACCACUUUUGCAGGUUAAACUAGGCGACCAAAGCGGACUUAAUAUCCGAAGCCGAUCGGUUGACGGAGAAGAACUGACUGACCAAAGUGCACGAAGUUCGAAAAAUGACGACCAACUUUACCAAAGCGAACUCUUUACGCAAAGUCAUCCAGAUCACCAAGUCAAACCACUUGAACAAAAUGGAAUAAUCGUCCAACGCGAAUCACUCGGAGUAACAGAAAUAAUUGACCAACGUGCAAUACUGCCGCAAAGGGAUGGUCAACUCAAUCAAACCGGGAAUAACAUCAAUAAUGAAUCGGUUCUGGAAAAUGGACCAUAUGACCACAGUGUAGCAACUCUGAAAAAUGAUGAACAACAUAACCAGGGAGGACCCGUCAUCCAAAGCGAACCGAUUGAUCAAAUCAAGCCAGAUGGUGAAAGCGAAUUUAAUUUUCAAAGUGAAUCUGUUCUCGAAAAACAAGCGAUUGAGCACAUCGACGGACCAUCUCCUAAAAAUGGCCUUAACGUCCGGAGUGAAUCGCUUCUCGAAAAAGAAUCGAUUGAGCAAAUUGCACCCACGCGGCAAAGUCAUGAUGACCAGUUGGAACAAAGUGAACUCAUCGCCCAAAGUGAAGUAAUUGAUCAAACAAUACCUAUCGUACAGACUGGACUCGCCUUGCAAAAUAAAUCAGUUCCUCAAAUAAAUCUAGCUGAUCUGAACGAAAUAAUGACUCAAACUACUAGUACUACUGCUACUCCUAAUCUCGAAAAGCAGAAGCUUUUUUACCAUGGGGAUCCGCAAAGAGAACAUCAUUUUUGGCUUCACCAAAACACCAUACGUCCCUCAGUCACGGGAAAAUGGCACACUCACGAUCUCAAACAAUUUGGCUGUGAUAACUAUGCUUACGUGGGUCAACAAACGACAACAACGACACUAUGUGCAGUGAACACCUCAAAAUCUGAUGAAGAAAGUGAUUCAGAUUAUGACGAUGUUACUUAUGAAGAAGCAAAGAUCUACGUUUGCCGUGGUCAUUCAAAUGCCCCCAGUUACCGACAAGAUGAACCAGACAUCACAACAGCUGAUCAGAGGGGUGCAGUCGAAGAGCAGCAGAAGCGCUUCUAUCAUGGUGAUCCAAGGAGAGAACAUCAUUUUUGGCUUUAUCCAAAAACUCAUCCAUUACAGAAUACAAAAUGGAAUACAUAUAGUUUGGAAAUUUUUGGAUGCAAUAACUAUAGCAAUGUCAAAAAGAGUGGUGUCUACGAAACAUUUGCUUGCUGUGGCCAUUCAUAUAAUGUUACAAAGAGUCGUGGUCUUGGACAUGUAUCCGAGGAGGAAGAUGGAAAAUGUUACCAUGGUGGUGUAGAUCACAAUCUGUUUCUGUUGCAAAGAAAAUCAAGUUUGAACAAUAUUUUGUAUGACACAUAUGAUAUUGAAAGGACAUGUGACAACUGUGAAUUUAAAAGUCAGAGUGAUGGUGGUGAUCGUGUGGUAUAUGAGUGCAUGGGACAUUGA